UCCGCCCCCCUCCACGGACACAUUGGGAACGGCUAUCCCAAAAUCCUUCAAGCGAUUUGCAGUGGCCUCCAAUAGAUCGGUCUGGUGUUGCAACAACUUCUGGACUUGCUCAUUCUCCAAUUUUCUGGAGUGAGAUGUUCGGCGGUGAAGGCGGACUCUUUUUCGCUAAUCUGGGGGUUCUGGAUGCCUCCCGCUUUUCUCCGCAGGGAUUGGUAGCGUGCGUUCAGCGCUUCUUGUUUGACUUUGACUUUCUGCAAUCGCUCUUCCAUCCUUGCACUGCCGGCAGUUUCCGAACCCUUUUCGUCUUCGCCUGUAAUGGCGUCAAUCUGUGCUGCGAUGCGGGAAGUUCGGAAGAUCUCGGCCCGGUACUCGUCUUGUAGGCGCUGACAGCGAUUGAACAAGUUGGACACAGCAUGUUGGAGUUUAUCGGUGUGGGUAGACAGCACACGAUGGGCGCUCAUUAGAAGCUCGAGAUUGGCGGGGGAUAAUCUUAUCUCAUCUUUGAGAAAGCUCCUGUGUCGGUUGGGAAUGUUCAGAGCCGCAUAUAAGUCAAAUGUCUCCCAUAGCUCUUUCCGUGGGUUCCACAAAUCGCGUACCUCCCCUGGAGUGGAAACAAACUCAUAAUCAUCAGCAUCAGAACCCAUCCACAACCCGUCUUCUGGGGCAUCGAAAGUGAUUGCUUGUGGUUCGUUAUCA